AUUUCUCCAACCAAGAAGGUGGGAAAUCUAGGCCUGCCUCUCGUGGAGCUCCGGAGGGGACUGCAAUUCUGCUAAUUUGUGACAGAUCAUGCAGGAAUAGGAGGUCAAGAGAGUUUCUGCAACCCCAAUGAAGAUGGCACCAGGACGAUGAAACCCUGUCCACCGGAUUUUGUAGCUCCUUGAAUGUUGCUCUAGGCAAGUUCAAGAGGCGGGGGACGCAAAUACUAAGUGGUGGAUUCCUCUCGGGGCACCGCGGGCGGGCAGCCGCCUGUGGAACCUGCUAAGAUGAAGGGCCUUCUCAAGGGCCUCCGAUACAUCUCGCAGAUUUUUGAUGCGAAGGAGCCGGAGAUGCAGAUCGGGAAGCCGACGGACGUGAAGCACGUCGCGCACAUCGGCUGGGACAACGCCUCCGUCACCGCGCCCAGCUGGAUGAACGAAUUCAAGGCUUCUCCGGGGGCGGCGAGGGGCGGCGAUCCUGAGCCCUCGCAGCCUGGGGGUUCGGGCGGAUGCGGAGACGAGCAAACCGGAGGAGAAGACGCUGGCGGCAAGGCGGAGCGGCCGCGGCGGACGAGGGGGAACAAAGUGUCGGGUGGCAACGAGCCGGCGAAGCGGCGGGACUGCGCGGCCGAGGGGUCGCGGCGCGACCGGAGGGUUGCGAAGGCGGCGGACGUGGCGGAGGGCGCCGAGGGGGACGCCGCCGCGGCGCCGAGGCAGCGGCGGAGGAAGCCCCGGGCAGCGUCGGGGGGCAGGUCCAAGUCGUCGUCGGGAGGCGCCGCCGCGUCGGACGCGGAGGCGGCGCAGCCGGAGGCCGAGGCCGAUCGCGACGGCUGCUGAGGCGAAGGAAACGGUGGCCGCGCGCCGUUGCGCGUUGGGGUUCGACUGGUAUACACGGAGGCGGGAGGCCGGAUGCCGGAACGAGGGGAACAUCUUCAAAUUUGAAUUUGGUUUUGCUUGGCUGUCCGGAAAUCGGAGAGAUUUGGGUGUGUGUGUGUGUGUCUCUCUCUUGUUUAUGUUGGUUUUCGACUGGUUAUUUCCAUGCACGGAUUAUUGGUGUUUAGGAUAGUCGUGCGGCGUAGAGUGGCACGACAAGUGUAUGCAUAAACAAUUGUACACGUAUUUCCUUCACAUACACAUGACACAGGGAUGCAUUUGCAGGU